CUUUAGGUUGCCGGAUUGGCGACAUUCCGUUUGUCCAACCACGACGCAGGGAUCGAAGGCAGGCCCAAAGACUGGUCGCUUGAUCAGGCAUCAACCAGCGAUUUCGCACCCAAUUCCACUGAUCUGGUUGCUGGCUCAACCACAUGCUGGUCGUGAUGCAACAAACCCCUUUCCAGCCUCACUGACUGCUUCUCGAUUCUGAAGCCACGACAACGCGAACGAGUUCGAAGCAAACAUGGGCCGUCGGGACAGCGAGGCCCAGCGCAUGCUGCCGAGCUCAGAUGGCGAUGGUGACGGCGAGAAAUGCGAGGCGCAAGCCCCCAGCCCGAGCUUCCUCAGACCAACAUCGCCCCUACUGAGCGGCAUCUGUCUCGUCUUUGGAUUGUUGCUGCUGCUUUUUGCCUUCUGUGAUUCGCCCGUUGGUUCGUUCCUGCAGGCCUGGAGCGCCAAGCCGGGAGCCGAGCGUGGUGCAGCUGCAGGAGACCGGUUCCUGCUCGGAGUCGGCAAGGCCGACAUCACUGGCCCUGUGGUCGAGAUCAACUUCAUGGGCUACGCGGACCCCAACCAGGUCGGCUCCGGCCUCCGCCAGCGCCUGUACAGUCGGGCGUUCAUUGUCGGCGACCUGGAACAGCCCGCCCACCGCUUCGUAUAUCUCGUCCUGGACACGCAGUCCGGCGACACGGCAGUCCGCUACGGCAUCAUAUCGGCUUUGCGUUCCCUGGGCCCCGAGUAUGCAGAGCUGUACGGCCACCACAACAUCGCUGUCACGGGCACCCACUCGCACUCGGGCCCAGGCGGCUGGCUCAACUACCUGCUCCCGCAGAUCACGAGCAAAGGGUUCGACCGCCAGGGCUACCGCGCCAUCGUCGACGGUGCUGUGCUCUCUAUCCGGCGCGCCCACGAGUCGCUAGCCCCUGGGUACCUGAGCGUUGGCCGAACCAGGGUGCUCGGUGCCAAUAUCAACCGCAGCCUGUUCGCCUACUUGGCCAAUCCAGAGGCCGAACGUGCACGUUAUAAUGCCAGCUCAGACGACGAUGGCUCGGUGGAGAAGGAGAUUACGCUGCUCCGAUUUUCGCGUGCGUCCGAUCUGCGGAAUAUCGGGGUUUUAACCUGGUUCCCCACCCAUGGCACCUCGAUGCUGGGAAAUAAUACGCUUGUCACAGGAGACAACAAAGGUGUCGCCGCAUACCUGUUCGAGCAUGCCAUGAGGAGCCACCCCUCAGCCGCGCCCGAUCAGCCUUUCGUUGCUGGCUUCUCGCAGGCCAGCGUCGGCGACACGAGUCCAAACGUCCUGGGCGCCUGGUGCGAGGAUGGCUCGGGCGUCAUGUGCAGCUUUGAGAACAGCACUUGUCCUCUUGAUGGCGGCAAGGCCCGCAGCUGUCAUGCCAGGGGCCCUUUCUUUGGCAGGAAUGAUGGCGGCAUGGCGUCAUGCUUCGAGAUUGGACGGCGCCAGUACGAGCCCGCCCGCCGGCUGUACGAUGAGGUCGAUGUGCCCCUAAGUCCGCUCCGCGGAGACGGCGGGAGGGUGCGGUCCUUUCACACUUUUCACAACAUGUCUGGGUUCGAGUUUGCUCGCCCAGGCAGCACUGCCACCAACAACUCUCUGCUGCGGACCUGCCCGGCAGCGCUGGGCUACUCGUUCGCAGCCGGCACGUCAGACGGCCCGGGCGUGUUCGACUUUACCCAGCACGACGGCGACCCGUCCAAUACGAGUCCCGUAUGGCAGGCUGUAUCUCGAAUGCUCAAGGAGCCGUCGGAGGAACAAAAGGCAUGCCACGGCGCCAAGCCCAUCCUCCUCGACGUGGGUGAGGUUAGCCGCCCAUACGAAUGGACUCCCAACAUCGUUGACGUCCAGGUUCUUCGAGCUGGCCGGCUGAUCAUCAUCGUCAGCCCCGGCGAGGCCACAACCAUGGCGGGGAGGCGGUGGAAGGACGCCGUCAGCCGAGCAUACUCUGACCUUGUUGGGGGCGAUGAGGCUCCUGUCGUUGUCCUCGGCGGGCCGGCCAACUCUUACACGCACUACAUCACGACCGAGGAAGAGUACGGGAUCCAGCGGUACGAGGGCGCGUCGACACUGUACGGGCCUCACACCCUCAACGCGUACAUCAAUGUGACGCUGUCAUACCUUCCGCAUCUUUUGUCCGGCGGCAAGGGCGACAAGUCCCCCUCGGGUCCACCCCCGCGCCAUGACCCUGCCUCGCUGCCGCCCGACAACACCAACAGGUCGCUGUCUUUCAUCGCCGGCGUUGUGCGCGACGGGCCCAAGCCGUUCAAGUCGUUCGGCGACGUGCUCGAGGACGUGGACCCCGGCCGCAUGUACUGGCGCGGGCGGGACGCGCCGCGCGCCGUGUUCGUCGGGGCGAACCCGCGCAACAACCUGCGGCUGGAGGAGACGUUUGCGGCGGUGGAAAAGAAGGAGCGCGGGCGGUGGAUGAGGGUGAGGGACGACGCGGAUUGGUCGCUUGUUUUUCGGUGGCGGCGGACCAGCGGCUUGCUGGCCACGAGCGAGGUCGAAGUCCAGUGGGAGGUGGAGGACUGGGCGGAUGAGGGCGUGUACCGGCUGCGGUAUUUCGGCGACUCUAAAGGUUUAAAUGGCGAUAUAACGUCGUUUGAAGGUGCCAGUGGGGAGUUUGCGGUUGUGGGCCAGUGAGUUUUAUCAUUUGGCGUUGGUCGGUAGCCAACUUGUAAAUUAGAAGAAUGUUCGUCGCGUCGUUGAUAGCUUCGCCUUGGUACCCCGGCUACACACAAAAAAACACAAAUUGAUAAAUGAAAAAAAAAGCCAAA